AUGGAUGCGGCAUUACAUCGUGGCGACUAUACAGCUCUAUCGAAACUAGGUCACUUCUUGAAGGGAUCAUCAGCCCAAAUUGGUCUUGCCAAGCUCAAGAUAGCAUGUGAGAAGAUACAAAAUGUUGGACGACUACUCAGAGAAGAUGGAGCUGGAUCUGUGACUGUUGAUGAAGCUUUACCGUAUCUUGGACAAUUGGUACUGUUGGCAAAACAACAAUACGCUGAGGCUGAGCUGGUAUUGAGACGAGAGUUUUCUCAGGCAAGCUGA